AUGGUCAUUGAAUGGGAUCCUGCUCGACCUGCAGCUUUGGGGUUUCUGGUGCAAAUGUCCUUGAAUAAGGUGGGUAUGAGGGACUAUGAGGGGUUUAGUAAGGAGUUACAUUCUCUGAGCCACUGGUCAGAAGAAGCUGAGAAGGUUCUGAAGGAACCAGACCCAGUCGGUUCUCCAGAUGUCUCAUCUGUGCAGGAACACAUGGAAAAACUUAAGACCCAAAUGUUAAAGCUGAGCAGUCUUUCUCCUGAUCUGGAACGUUUGAAUGAGUUGGGUUAUCAGCUUCCCCUCAAUGAUAAUGAAAUCAAGCGUCUGCAGAACCUAAACAGGAGCUGGUCGUCUAACUCUGCUCGCACAAUAGAGAGAUUCAGUAAAUUGCAAGCCCUGGUAUUGCAAAGACAGACCUUUUUGGAGAAGUGUGAUGCUUGGAUGACCUUCCUUAACCAAACAGAAGAGAAACUGGCCGCUGAGAUUUCUGGAAACUACCAGAGCCUACUAGACCAGCAGAGAGAGCAUGAGGAUGUGACUAACUACCAAGGAGUUGACAAAAGGGUAAACUGA